UAAACGAAAGCCAUGUGGUGUUUAUAAGAUUGCAUUGAGCGAUUAGUGUAUUUAGUUUCCCUAGCCUAGCUCGCAUUUGAUAGCAAGAUUUGUAGCUUUUGAUAAAUCAACAAAAUUAUGGCAGUCGUGCUUGGAAUUUUGAUUUUGGUUUUGUCACUUGAUGGUGCGUUCGCCGCCUUUGAUGAUGUGUUUAAGAAUGUCGAAAUCGAUUACCAAGUGAAAGUCGAAGAGGGUUUGACAGGGCGAGUUUCACAACCGCUUUGGUGUGACUAUAGCUUUCCGGGUCGAGGGGAGAACCUCAUCAAACUCCAGUAUGAUAUGGUGUUAGACAGGCAUCGAUAUGAUUCGAUCAUAGAGGACCAGUUUUACUUUGUUGACCAGGAAUCGUCAUGCGAAACCAAACGACUUCAUAAAAGGAACGCCGUUAGCGAUACAUCAAAACUCUGGCAAACAGCUAUACCAUAUGAAAUAAUCGACUUUGACGCUGAAGACAAAGUAACAAUUUUGAAAGCAAUGCAGAUAUGGAGUAGCUUCACCUGUGUCAACUUUAUAUCGAGCAAGGAAACAGACUAUGAUAGGAUACAGUUCAUCAACACGGAUUGGGGGUGCGAAUCAUAUGUUGGAAGAAUGCAGGGACCACAGCCAGUGUAUUUAGCUUCACCGGGGUGCACAACGGUUCCUAUUUUUCUUCACGAAAUCGGACACGUCCUUGGCCUGUACCACGAACAUAUGCGGCCCGAUCGGGAUGAUUACGUCACCGUUCAUUAUGAAAACAUCAACAUAACGAACCAUGUACAGUUUGAUCCGCUGAAAAAUGGAUCAACCAAAUCCUAUGGAAAAGCGUAUGACUACCUUAGUGUCAUGCACUACGGUAAAAAUUUUUAUGCCGAACCGUCGGAUAGGUUAUCGUUAGAGCCAAAGGAUCCAGCCUUUCUUGGAAAAAUUGGAGAAGUUGAAACAUUGAGUUUUCUGGACAUCAAAAUUGUAAAUCAGAUGUACAAUUGUGCAGGUGGCUGCAAAGCUAAAAUAUGCCCAGAAAAUGCUUUUAUGGGGAAAGAUUGCCGGUGCUAUUGCGAAGGUCCAGCAAGAGACCCUAUACGGAGAUGUGAUGCAGUAGUAAGUUGUGACACGCCUGCUAUAGACAUGAGCGUCUAUUCAGUUUAUACGGCCAACUCCGAGGAAAUUGACAGCUUGGAAGGAAAGCUUUACCCCGACGGGACGGUAUUAAGGCUGUUUGAUUAUAUGUGUGUUGAUUCCACCGUUGGGAAUUUCACAUGUGUUGGUGGCGUUUGGAGGAUCGAUGUGACGGAAUGUGAACACGAAGGAUGCCUGAUGGACACCACUCGCUAUGUGUUUAACCCCUCUAUAGACGACAUAGCCAUACUGCAGUCUAAACAAGGAGAUGUUUAUGCAAGAAGUGGAGUAGAUGUAUCGGUGGCAUGCAAAUCCAAACCAGAGAACGAAAGGGUUCCCAGACGGAUGACAUGCAGAAAAAGAUCGUGGGAUAUAGUCCUGCCAAAUUGUGAGGAAGUCUUCGAAUGUGAAAUCGGCGACUACAGUAAUGAUAACAUCGAACUGUAUUUGGACGGAGAAAAGUUGGAAGUUGGAAAACUUGUUCAUGAGGGAUCUGAGAUAAAAGCUAGAUGCAAGCAUGCUCACGAAGGUCUGGCUGGGUCGUCUUCACUUCUAACGUGCACUGAUGGCAAACUGGUGGGGGAUUUUCCAGUAGACUGCCCAAACGAAAUAUACCGGUGUCCCAUGAUCCCCUACAGUGCCAUAAGCGGACCAUUCAGCGAAGGAUACUUGAUCAAAUGUCUCGAAAAAUACGAAAAGGAUCCAACUGAUAACAGAAAUUUCUUUAAGUGUGGAUGGAAAGGCGACUGGCAGCCGUACGAGCCAAAAUGUAUUCCUGAGAAGUGUGCCGUGAUCUACAAUCCAGCAACCGGAAAUGUGACCGACACCGAUGAUGACGUCAUACCGAACGGCACCCGCAUUAACAGUGACGUCAGUGUGACAUUGAGCUGCCUCAAAGGUCAUAUCCCGGACAGUCAACAGUUGACGUGUAGUUUUGGAAAGUUUAAGGAAACAGUUAAUGGACAGUUGCCUGUAUGUACUUAUGUUGAAUGUGACCACCCGACGUUGCCAUCAACUCUGACGUACAGACCUGUGCUGGACAAGUACGUCUACAAAGAUGAGGUCACAAUGCGACGUUGCCAAGACAACCUAUGGUUUCGAGGCGAUCCGAUCAUCACGUGUGGGGCGAAUGGGCAAUGGAGCGGAAAAGGAAAUUGUGUACCAUUUUGUCAACCUGAGGUCGGUGAGGAGAGACUUGUUGAAUACAAAAACAAGGACAUCAUACAGAAGAGGACGUAUGGCAUUGGUAGUUACCACGGAUGCAGGAACAAAUGUAACAGGUUUAAAAGAUUACUCUGUCGUGCAUUUGCAUUCGGAUACAUCGGCAGGAACCCAAAAUGUAAAAUCGCCUUUAGAAAUCCAAUUGUCUCUCCCGAAAUCCUUCAAGUUAAACCGUUCUGGACAGUGUGGGCAAGGGAAUGUGAUCUACACUAAAGAGCGGAAUGUGAAGUACACUAAAAAGCUAAAUGUGUACUCAACUGAUGUGCGGAAUGUGGACUGUAUGUAACAUAAGUACAUAAUGUGUACUCAUCUAAAGUGCGGAAUGUAUACUGCACUUAAAUGCACAAUGUGUGUUUCACCUAAGUGCAGCCUGUGUACUCACUUGUAUUGCAGAAUGUAUACUUUAUAGAUGAAAUUAAGCACAGAGUUUGUUUCGCACCUUUGUUUAGAAAGAAAAUGUACUUUCCUGACGUGGAUUGAAUUAUACACUUAUGUGCGAACUUUGAACGAAAAACCGGAACAAAAAGAUUGUUUCAGAAGAUUUAUAAAUCCCAUUAUAUGCAUAUAUAGUAGCUGUUUGAUGGUGACUGAUGAUAAAGAUAAUCGAAUUUGAUAUGUUUGUACUAGUUAAAUAUGAAAAUUGUCAAUAUUAAAUAAUUAUCGAAAACAAAAAUGGCAGUUUUCUAUGAGUUCGGAGUUUUUAAUACAUGCAAUUUAAGUACGAAAUGCAGCUAUUUGCUACAAUAAAAUCCAUAAUAUUAAUAACAUAUUUUAAAAGAUU